AUGCAGAAGGUCAUCCAACGGACGGCUGCGGCCAGGAAGCAGGCCCAAAAGAAGAUAUUCCGGGCCAAGAAACACGAGGCAUUGGUUGACCGCAAGGACACAACUCGACAGAGGAGGGAAUUCAACAAGGCCCUAAUCGGCAACGCCAAAGCAGCACGGCAGGCUCGCUGGGAGGACUGGUCCAAGGGCCCUCUGGCUCCGAAGCGAGAUGCCGGACUCGAGGCUACCACCUACGGCACAAUGGAAGGCCAGACGAUGCACCCCCCCAAGAUUCCCGAUCAUCUUCGCCGCAAGCAAAUCCUCUUCACUCCUGGAGACAGAGUUUGUAUUAUUCGGGGUCGGGAUGCGGGCAAGAUCAAUGAGAUCUCUCAGGUCAACGAAGACAGCGAGACUGUCCUGAUCAAGGAUCUCAACAUGGCCGAUAUUACCGUUCCCGAAUGGGCCAAAUCCUCGAUGGGCAUCAAGUCCGAUAUCCUGACUCAGAGCAUGCCGGUACCUAUUGAUAACAUCCGACACGUCAUCGCGCUGGAGGAGCCAGAGACAGGAGAGGUCAAGGACCACAUUAUUGAGCAUGCAUACGCUGGAAAGCCCUACUUCGAGCGGCCGGCGUGGAGCAGGCUUCCGCGAUUUAGUCGAUACGUUUCGGGACUUGACCUGGAGAUUCCGUGGCCCACCGAGGAGGAGCCUGAUCUCAAGGAUGGCGAGUUUGAUACGUCGCGUUACGAGGUCGACGAAACAUCCUGGACUCCAUCCUUGGAGAACUCCCCCUUCCCAUCCAGCGUUCUCGAUGAACUCCGCAACAAGUACUCGAGAUUCCGAACACGCCACGACCCCGAAUACGUGAGGCAGAAGGUCAUCGAGGAGUACCGACGGGAAUGGCUUGACAGCCAGUCUUUGUUGACUCCACGUGGGCAACUCCUGAAACUGCGGGCUGCGCUGUCUGCCGAGAGAAAGGCGGCGAGACUGGAUGCCAAUGGCAAUGUGAUCAUGGACAAGGAGACGAAUUCUUUCAUCGACCAGUUCAUGAGCAUGAAUGUGAGCGAGAACCUGACCAAGUCCAAUCAAAAGUCGCAAAGGACCAAGAAGACGGUUUGA